UGAACCACAGUCAGUGGGAACUGUACAGAGAUGUGAUGUUAGAGACCUACGGACACCUCGUCUUCUUGGGUCUUGUUGUGUCAAAGCCAGACCUGGUCAUCUUUUUGGAACAAAAGAGGGAGCUAUGGGAUGUGAAGAGAAAGGAGACAGUAACAAUCCAUGCCGGACAGAAAGGUUACCUUUGUAAGGAGUGUGGCAAAGCCUUCAACAGGCACUCAGCACUAAUUCAACAUCAGCGAGUGCACACUGCAGAGAAAGCUUACGAAUGUGAAGAAGAUGGUAAAACCUUUAAUGAUGCCUCAUCAUCAGGCCUUAACAGACAUCACAGAAUCCAUACUGGAGAGAAACCUUACCAAUGUGAAGACUGUGAAAAAGCCUUUAGGCGUACUUCAGCCCUUAUUGAACAUCACCGAAUCCAUACUGGAGAAAAACCUUUUCAAUGUAAUGAAUGUGGCAAGGCCUUUACUCAGCAGUCACACCUUAACACACAUCACAAAAUCCAUACUGGAGAAAAACCCUACCAAUGCAAAGAAUGUGGCAAAUCCUUUAGUCAGCACUCAACCCUUACCAAACAUCAUCGAAUCCAUACUGGAGAGAAACCUUACCAAUGUGAAGACUGUGGAAAAGCCUUUAAGAGUACUUCAGCCCUUAUUGAACAUCACCGAAUCCAUACUGGAGAAAAACCUUAUCAAUGUAAUGAAUGUGGCAAGGCCUUUACUCAGCAGUCACACCUUUACACACAUCACAAAAUCCAUACUGGAGAAAAACCUUACCAAUGCAAAGAAUGUGGAAAAUCCUUUAGUCAACAUUCAACCCUUACCAAACAUCACCAAAUUCAUACUGGAGAGAAACCUUACCAGUGUGAAGACUGUGGAAAAGCCUUUAGGCGUACUUCAGCCCUUAUUGAACAUCACCGAAUCCAUACUGGAGAAAAACCUUUUCAAUGUAACGAAUGUGGCAAGGCCUUUACUCAGCAGUCACACCUUAACACACAUCACAAAAUCCAUACUGGAGAAAAACCUUACCAAUGCAAAGAAUGUGGCAAAUCCUUUAGUCAACACUCAACCCUCACCAAACAUCACAGAAUCCAUACUGGAGAAAAACCUUAUCAAUAUAACGAAUGUGGUAAGUCCUUUACUCGUCAAUCAGGCCUUAUCAAACAUCACAAAAUCCCUACUGGAGAGAAACCUUACCAAUUCAAAGAAUGUGGAAAGUUAUUUACCCAGUCCUCACAGCUUAAUGAACAUCCCCAAAUCCAUACUGGAGAGAAACCUUAGCAAUGUAAAGAAUGUGGCAAAUCCUUUACUCACCACUCAAGCCUUACCAAACAUCACCAAAUACAU